AUGGAUAAUUGGACAAUUACCAAUUUAACGUCAUCUCCCGAAUCCUGCUUCCUCAGCAGACAGUGCAACGCUCCAGAAGGACUACAGGCGUAUGCAUGCGGUGUCAAUCGGAUUCAUGGUUAUCUUAUACUGGUUCUCUGUUGUUUCGGAAUUCCUACAAACAUUGUGAACAUCAUCAUCCUAACUCACAAAUCCUUGCGCUCACCCGUCAACAACAUUCUAACUGGAAUAGCUAUCAGCGACCUCGUCACCAUGGUAAUCACUGUUCCUCUUGGCCUUCAUUUUUACAUCACACACGGUUUGGACAUUACAGAAGAUAAAUAUACCUAUUCCUGGUCCCUCUUUCUAGCAAUAUACGGCAUGGUGACCAUAACGAUGCAAACUGUGUCAAUAUGGCUUGGAGUAUGUAUGUCAUUUUUUCGCUAUGUUUACAUUAAGUCCAUGGGAGCUGGGCGUCAAAAUAUUGAUACCAAGACUUCUUGUUUUCUAACUAUAUUCAUGUUUUUGUUGGUAAUCGUUAUCUAUAUUCCGGCCUACAGUUUUGUCUCGAUAAAAGAUAUGUCAUGUUACAACGACAUAGAAAAUAAAACAAUUAAUUACUAUCGACUGGAAUCCCUAAUGACCAAAGAUAAACCUUCUUUGACACAUGCUUACUCAAUGUGGACCAACACUGUAUUGGGAAAAUGGAUACCGUGUUUUCUGAUAACCUUAUUCGGUGGAUGUCUACUUCAUUCGUUGCAAGAAAAUACUAGAAGAACCAUACACCUUAAUGGUUCUCAUGCCACUUCCCGGUUAAAACAGCAUCGCAGAACAACAGCUAUGUUGCUGACCAUUAUUCUUAUGUACAUCAUAGCGUCACUACCCCAAAGCAUCUUACUUAUCAUUGGUUUCGCCGAUAAAACGUUUUUUGAGACCGAAUAUGCCCUUCUAGGAGACACAUUUGAUAUUCUUUCCUUGAUCAAUAAUUCAAUAAACUUUGUUUUGUAUUGUGCAAUGAGCCGUCAAUUUAGAGACCUCCUAAAACAGUGUGUGUGUCAGUACUUUGUUCUUCCACAACAAGACGCAAAGAGCACUCAGACCGCUAGUCACCAUAUCUCUCAGAAUAACCUCCAAAGCAAGGUGUACGCCAUGAACGAAAUUAAAAGACAAGAAAGUCCGCUUCUUGACAGAGGUAUUGAUAUUUGAAGUUGUGGGAUUCUAAAAUGUUAUAACAUGCUUAAUUUUUCACCAAGGUAAAUUUUUGUUGGACAGAUUUUUGACAUAACUUUCACAGAUGUUGCCUUUUCUAUAUUUGUUGGUUAACAGUGAACUUUUUCACGAGAGAGAGAGAGAGAGAGAGA